AUGGAAAGUGAAGAAGAAGAUCUUGACGUAAAAAUUUACUGGGGAGACUGCAAUGAUUAUUUGCUUGAAGACUGGGUAGAAUCAAGGAAAAAAGUUCACCAAUAUGUAGGAAGCGACUAUAAGCCUACACCCAUGGAAAAAGUUGAUAAACCUUGGCUCAUCCCUGGCGCCGAAAUUUCUGAUUUCUUUAACUUUGGAUUUACUGAAGAAUCGUGGUACGAGUUUCUGCUAAAAAUCAUUAAAAAAAGACAAGAAAAGAUCGUUGAAAAAGAAAAAGAGCUACAAGAAGAGCAUAUGAGAAUCAGAAACAGAAGCGAUUCGCCAGAAAGGUAUAGAUAUCAAAACAGAGAUGGGUAUAAGCAGUAUAGAGACUAUCAUAAUUCAAGAAGAUAA